CUUAAGUAAGUACUGUUAAUAAAGCAGUGCGUUUGUCCUCGUGUCCCUGUCUCUGUCGGUGUCUGUCCUCAGAUGGACCCAGAGGCCAGUGAUUUACUGAACGACCUGCAGGUGAAGCUGAACAACGUUCUGGACGAGCUGAGCAGUACCUUUGGAAACAGUUUCCAGAGUCGCAUCAACGACUGCAUGCGACAGAUGGCGUCUCUUCUGUACCAGAUCAGAGGUCCUCUGAACGACAGCAACAAAAACCAGGUGGAGGGAGACUCCGACAACAUGCUGAGGCCACUCAUGGAUUUUCUGGAUGGAAAGUGAGUUCAUUACCAACGUUAGCAUUGAAGCCGUUAGCAUCAGUGUUAAAUUCACCAUCUUUGUUAAGGAUUCUACAGAUGUUGUUAAAUUAGCCAAACCGCUACUCAAAGUUAGCCCUGAAAUACUCCAACAGAAGUAACAAAUUUGUCAUUUUCACCAUUUAGCUUAGUAGCUAAAAUUAGCCAAAACAACCGUGAAGUUAUGCUAUAGCAUGAUACGAGGUGCCUAGAGAAAAUGGCUAAGAACGUAUUGGCAAAAAAG